GAACUAUUUAUCUGGAAGUGAAGCAGAUAAACAUAUAGCAUUUAGCAAAAAAAAACGUGAUUAUUUGUCUCUCUGAUAUUAAACCAUCAAAAUUUCAAACAAAUACAUGUCUGCCAUUGAACAACCCCAUGCCAUGAUUAGAUAAUGAAAAAACACACCAAUAUUUUUCAUAAUUUCUUUAAACUAUAAAAGCUCAUUUACCAACAUUUAUGAAAAUGGAUAUAUAACGUUUUUGAAUGAAACUCUUUGUGUGCUAUCAUCGAACAGAGGAGCAAUGAGUUCUGUGACGUGAACACUUGCGUCAAUGUAACACUCAAUAGUCAUGCAGUGUCAAGCAUAUGCAAAUGUUUUAAUCAUCGUACAGUGUGAUUGCCCUGAAAAUAACAGCAACAGCAAAAACAGGAAUCUAGUGAUGAAGAGGCCGUUUGAGGGAGAUGGUGGCCCUCUAGAGGACUCUUCAGACCCUGAGGCAGUCUCAGCGCUGCACAUACAAAACAAGGUUCACCCUUGACGGGGAAUAUGAGCAUAGGCUAUCAGUCGGCUGCACUCUCUCUCAUUCCACCUCUCUCCUUUUUGGCAUUUCUUUCUCUGCAUCUCCCCCUCUAUCACUCUCAUGUGAGGUUUUAGCUUUAUGUGUGAAAUCUCUCUGGAGUUUCCUGUGGGAACAGUGGAAGCCAUUAAUAGAGUUGAACAGGAAAGGUUCCUGUUGAUGACUAGCGGUGAUUAGAAUCAGUUGGACUAAUUAAUUAAAUGCAGGGGGCUGAUCGAUGCCGAGGGUCAAGUCAUCUCAGACAGUACACUCCUUUCUGUUUGUGCAUUAAUGUGUUUGCUUGAGUGUAUGCUAUUUUGUUUGUAUGUCAGUCUGUGUGUGUGGCUGUGGGAUGAUUGUGGGGAUGAUUGCUGUCUCAAAUGCUUUUGUGUGACGUGUGCUGUUUUACUAGUGUGGUGGUGAUUGGGACAGCAUCUGAUUGUUGAUUGGAAGUUUCCAUGAGGUAAACAAAAGAACACAAAAUAUUCCUCCACAAUGAAUGUCAUUCAAAUAAAAAACUGAGGAAAGAUAGACACACACACAAAACACACACAAGGGUGUCCAUCAUGUCUCUGGGUUGGCUGUAGUUGGUCCCUCAGUCCAGAUGAAAGUGCUGGCAAAUCGAUACAAUGGCUUAUUAACGGUAUAAAUCUCCCCCACCUGUCUGUGAGGCUCGUCUCUAAAAUGAACUGAAGAGUCCUUUCCAAUAUGGUUUAUAUAACAUACAAUCACUGCUCAGGGGACCUAUAACAAAGACAAACAUACAGUAAAGACCUGUUCUAAAUGUAAUGAUCAAUAUGUUGAGCUGAAGUGUAACUGCAAAAGCUCUUGUUUUUCUAUUGGUUGCAUCAUAGAGCGAAGUGACUAUAGGAUUUCAUAAGCAUUCAUAACCAUGUUAUAUGCAACCAUAACUACUAAUUAACACAAACUGAACUGACCCAGAAUAGAGACGUUAUAUGUUCGAGGGUGGGGGUCUGGGUCUCCCCCUUGAGUGUUCUACGCUAUUUUCCAUCCAAGGACCACCGGGCAGGUACAGCUAAUCCACAGUCUCUCUGGAAUAUUGUUAUAGAUUCAUCCAGGAGAAACUCGAUUCACUGACCCACACAUUCAACUUUCAUGCUUACACAGGGAAACCGGGCCCCAACAGUCACAAUAACUCUCUAUAGUCAAUCUAAAAAAAAUACUAAUUUAUCAGUAAAUGUACACAACACUGAUAAAUUGAUGUAGUGAGACAAAUUAUAUGAUAAUAAAUGUUGACAUUUCAACUCUGUGUCACUUCCACAGGAUCACAGAGUAAAAAGGUUGUUAACACAGUUAGGCCUACAUAAUACAUUUAUUUGGUAGCCUACUUCAUGGUUUUGACUGACUGAACAUGAGCAUCAUCUGGUCAUCCAAAGAUAAUUUCCUUUAAUCAAGUGCACUGGGAAAAAAAUGGAGACCAAUUUUAUAAACUCAAUUUGGAUUUUAUAUUCAGUGGCAUCCUGUUUUUGAUUAAUUUAUUUUAUUUAGUUUCCGAUCUAAAUGUAUCUAAAAACCAUUAUCAAAAUUGACUUACACAAGUUGUUAUUGUCUGACAGGCAAGAGAGAGGACACCUGCGCUCUAAGACUCAGAUGAUGAUCAAGGAGACCAGUGGGACGUUGAUUGGUCACUUCUACGUGGGAGAUGAUGCUUCUCCCAUCAAAGUUAUAGCCUAUAUAAUUCUCUCGGUUGAGAAAGUCAUUAGUGUUCAGUUCUAGGACCUGAUUUUGCGAUAUAACAAGACUUACUCCUGCAGCACCAAACCACACACAGAGAAGCUAUACUCUCACCAAAGCGCAUGAGAAUCUGAUAGCUCGAGAUGAGCGCAACGUAUCUGCGACAACUUUGCCUCCUUCAUUUGGUCUGGUGCCUUGGAUGUUGGAAGGUGACAGAAGCUAAUCCCAGCAAAGAGUGUGAACAUGGAAUUGUUUUGACAAAGGGUCCUGGGAUCCAGACUGAUGUGGGAGAUAUGUGGAGAGAUCAGAAUGAGCAGCAAGUUCAGAAUGUAUUCAAAAGAUUCCUGUUCCACUAUUCAAAGGCAAACUCAGUAGGCUCUAUACAGCAUGCGUCCCAUUCAGUGCACCCAUUGAUGCGCCUGUCACCAAAACUGUCUCAGAGGAGAAAGAAGCAGCUCCUGCUUUUGAAGCUCCGGAAUCUCCCUGAAGGUGUGAUGUAAAAAUCCGACUGUGGAAUAACUUGAAGGCAGACACCAGCAAGCUGCAUACCCCUGAACACAAAAUGGUGGACAGACAGAAGCAGCAUUCUCAGCUCUCGCUGGACUUGAUAUUUUUGAGAAAUAAAUUAAGAUAAAUGUGACUGCA